AUGGUUAAAGUGGUGGGUCAAAUCGACAAGCUCACGUCAGACUUUGACAUUGAUUUGGAGCCGGAUGAUUGGACAGUUGCCACGGCGAGCAGCACGUCGAGCAGCGAGCGAGGCCUGGGAGACGCUUUCCGGAUGGACUUUCUCAAUCCCGACGUGCUGUCGGACAGCUGGGACUUCUGCAGCUACCUGGAGGCUUCCGCCGCCGCCGCCUCCACCCGCAAGCCCGCUGAGCACUAUGGGGAGGCUGGGGCGGAGCCUGGGCAGGGGACUAUCCCUACCCAGACCCAGACGCCCACCCCGCCACCCAGCACUGCCUCGGCUUACUCCCAGAUGAACGGCGGGCUGCCCAUCCCUAACGGACCCCGCAUCAUAACGCCGGACUCGUCGAGCGAGGAGGCCAGCAGCUCGACGCACAGCCACAAGACGUCGCGCACCUCGGGCACCAGAGAGAGGGUGCGUUUCAGCGACAAGAUCCUGUACCACGCGCUGUGCUGCGACGACGACGAGGAGGAGGAAGAAGGGGAGGGGGGGGCGGAAGAGGAGAAGGGGGGCUGCGCGACACCAGACACUGACAGUGAGGAGCCCAGUCUCCUGGCCAGCUCACCCAUCCCCCCUCUCUCCUCCUCAGAGCGCUCACUCCUCCAUAACUGCCUGGACCCUUCCUAUGUCCCCUCCCCAGGGAAGGCCCUGGCAGGGGCUCAUACCCUGCCCAGGAAAAGUCUCCUGAACCCCGGCUGCAGGAAAAAACUUCUACGGAACAGCAGCACACAGACUGUCUCAGACAAAAGCACCCAAACUGUACUGCCCUAUAUUCCAGCCAAACAGAAAACAAAGGACCCCUGAGAAAAUAUUACUUUACAACAAAAGUACAACAACAAAAAAAGGACUGUGUACUAUUUAAUAUUAAAUACAUAGAUCAUAGAUUAAUACACAAAUAAAAAAAUAAUUAAUUAUUAAAUUAAUAAAUGAUAUAUGGGAAAUCACUCGACUACCUAAAGUCAUUCUGAGGCUCAGGGAAAUCAAGUAAAAGUGAUGAAAGGCAGUUCAUGAUGACAGGAAGUAAAAAAGGAAAUUGGAGGACCAAAAGGCCUGUGCCUGCUAAUGUUCAUGUAUAAUAAUUUGCAACACUUACUGAGAUAACAAAGCAAUCUUUUUUUUUCUAGGAAGUGUUCUGAAAUUGGAAACUAAGUGUUCAGAGACCCCACCCCUUAUCGUAAACCAGAAAAUAUUAUGCCUGUUCUUACAAUGUGGUUAAAACGCUGCA